GCUGUUACCAACUUAGUAGUGACAGACCAACACUCACGGUUCUUUCAACCUCCAACCUUCUAUCAUGAACUACAUACGUCGAGCAUUACUUUCAGCAAGACGACCGGUUCGUCCGACUUCACUGGCACCCCUUCGUUGUCGCCGAACAUUCUCCUACACACCACGACUACAAGCCUCAGAAAAUGAAGACGCCUUCCUUUCCCAGUUCAAGAACACUUCAAUAUUCGGAAAACUUGCAGAUAAACCAGAAGCUUUGAUGGCACUCCGAGAUUUUGCGGAACUCAUGAAGGCUCAAGGGAUUGACGCAAACACCCCACCCUCGGCGUUCCAGAUGAUGAAGUUGGCUGCGAACUCAGAGUUUAGGGAAGCAGCGCAGAAAGUCGUCUCUGAGUUGCAAAAGGCGGGUGUGGAUCUCACUUCGCAGGAUACUAUACAGGAGCUUAUGGGCCUGUCCAGGAAGGCUGGAGGGGAUUAAAAUGGCUUCUGUAGCGUAAAAUAGGUGUCUAAUAGUACUUCUUAGUCUGAGUCUCUGAUAUAAGCGACUUACUAGCCCCUUGUAAACUUUCUUUAAUCACGG